AUGUUCAAGAAACUUGAGCUGAAUAUUCCCUUCUUAGAGGCACUUGAGCAAAUGCCAACCUAUGCAAAAUUCAUGAAAGAUAUUAUUUCAAAGAAGCGGACCACCGAGAGUGAUCCGAUUAUUCUAACUGAAACUUGUAGUGCUAUUUUGCAGGGCAUGAAGAUUCCGGUUAAAAAGAGAGAUCGAGGUUCAGUAACUAUUCCGUGCACCAUCGGUGAUAGGUCUUUCAAGAAAGCUCUGAUUGAUUUAGGAGCAAGUGUAAGUCUUAUGCCAUUAUCCAUCUACAAAAGAUUGGGAAUAGGUAAAGUACAAGAUACACAAAUGACACUUCAGUUUGCUGACCAAUCGGUGAAAAGACCGUACAGAGUGGUAGAAGACGUGUUGGUGAAAAUCGACAAGUUCGUAUUCCCUGUAGAUUUUGUUAUUCUAUAG